UUCAAAUACGAGUGGAAGCCAUCUUGAACAGUUGGUUGACAAGACUCUUUCGUAGUCAGCUAAAAAUUGAGUACACCUUGCAAACACCGCAUAGGGAACCGGUUAUUUCAGGUAUUCAAGGGUUGGAAAACACUGAGAAAGGACGCAGCGGCUCAGUUAUGCUACACGGGAUGGCUAGCUAAACAGUCGGCGAAUACUUGAAAGCUAGCUAAGCCCUCCUGGUGUAUGAUUUUCCAGAUAACAAUGGCAGAAUACAUCUAUGCUAAGCCCCAAUUUACUAAAUAGUUCUUUAAAAAAAUAAACUGAAAGGAGGAUUUUUUUCUUUUUUUUUUUUUUGGGCAAUUGAUGUCCCAGAAUCAACAGUAUUGUUGAGGAACCUGCUGAGACAUAUUUGAACAAUUUAUAUUUGGAUAAUUAUUAUUUAAGUCUCAAGAGAGAAGGACAAUCUUAAGUUUUGAGUGGUCCCAGAAGAGUGGACUCACUCAAUAUAGAGACACUUUGAGGUUUCAUUGCUAUUGAACAGAAAAGUCAAGCUAAGUAAAAAUGAGUACCGCCAGGACAGAGAACCCAGUGAUUCUGGGCUUGUCCAACCAGAAUGGACAGCUCAGGGGCUCAGUGAAGCCUGCUGGAGCACCAGGUGGAGGAGGGGGAGGAAGCUCUCAACAACAGCAACUUAAUCAGAUGAAAGGCGCGAUCAACAAUGGUAAUUCCCAGCUGGCCCCAACAACAAACGCUGUCAUCAAGCCUGGAGAUGACUGGAAGAAAAAUUUAAAAUUGCCCCCAAAAGACAUGAGGAUGAAAACUUCGGAUGUGACUGCAACUAAAGGCAAUGAGUUUGAGGAUUAUUGCCUAAAGAGGGAGCUGCUUAUGGGAAUCUUUGAGAUGGGCUGGGAAAAGCCAUCUCCAAUCCAGGAGGAAAGUAUUCCCAUCGCACUGUCAGGAAGGGAUAUCUUGGCAAGAGCCAAGAAUGGCACGGGAAAGAGUGGAGCCUACCUCAUUCCCUUACUUGAACGCAUUGACCUGAAGAGGGACUGCAUACAAGCUGUGGUCAUAGUGCCCACCAGAGAACUGGCUCUGCAAGUAAGCCAAAUAUGUAUCCAGGUCAGCAAACACAUGGGUGGAGUAAAGGUAAUGGCAACCACAGGUGGAACCAACCUACGUGAUGACAUCAUGAGACUUGAUGAAACAGUACACGUGGUCAUUGCCACUCCUGGGAGGAUUUUAGACCUCAUCAAGAAAGGAGUGGCCAAAGUUAAUCAAGUGCAGAUGAUUGUUCUGGAUGAAGCUGACAAACUCCUGUCUCAAGACUUUGUGGUUAUGAUGGAAGAGAUACUGGGCUUCCUGGCCAAACAGAGGCAGAUCCUGCUUUAUUCUGCAACCUUCCCUCUCAGUGUGCAGAAGUUCAUGACUGCACACUUGCAGAAACCGUAUGAGAUCAACCUGAUGGAGGAGCUUACACUGAAGGGUGUGACUCAGUAUUACGCUUAUGUAACUGAAAGGCAAAAGGUCCAUUGCCUUAACACUUUGUUCUCCAGGCUCCAGAUCAACCAGUCCAUAAUCUUUUGCAACUCCUCUCAGAGAGUAGAGCUCCUUGCCAAGAAGAUUUCCCAGCUUGGUUAUUCAUGUUUCUACAUUCAUGCCAAGAUGAGACAGGAGCAUCGCAACCGUGUGUUCCACGACUUCAGAAACGGCCUCUGCAGGAAUCUUGUCUGCACUGACCUCUUCACAAGAGGAAUUGACAUUCAAGCUGUGAAUGUUGUGAUCAAUUUUGACUUUCCCAAGCUGGGAGAAACGUACCUACAUCGCAUUGGUAGAUCUGGCCGCUUCGGACACUUGGGUCUAGCCAUCAACCUCAUCACUUACGAUGAUCGCUUCAACCUGAAAGGGAUUGAGGAGCAGCUUGGAACAGAGAUCAAGCCCAUCCCUGGCAUCAUUGACAAGAGCCUAUAUGUGGCAGAGUACCACAGUGAGAGUGGUGAAGAAGUCAAGCCAUGAGCCAAUCAGUCCAUCCUCCAUUCCCCUUUGUACCUUUUUCAUCCCCCUCUGUCUUGGAGUUUUUUUUUUUUUUUUUUUUUAAUGUACAGUUUGUCUGUCUUCCUUUUUUGGAUGCCACCAUAAGGAAUGUGUAUUUUGAUGGACGCGUUUCGGAAGAACUCAUUUGCCCUUUAUAGGGCUCAGUGCUGCACCACCGACACCCUGAAGACAUAAGCACCGGGAGGAAAGCGUGGGACCAAGUUGAAAAUGUAUCACUUCACAUUGUGACGAUUCAUAUCCACCAAUGACACGAAGCCAGCACCAACAGAUCUCUACAUGAAACCCUCCAUUCUCCACUUUUUAGUUUAGAAGUUUUAACCAAUUUGUAUCAAGUGCCUUAACAAGCAGUUCAACUCGUUCAAAAGUAAUAACCCUUCAUUUUCUGCCAUCUUGCUCACAUCAUACAGCACACACUCACGUUCACCUAAUUGAAAAUUUGUCACGCUAAUUUACUGUCCGACCACGUAGGUGAAUCCAUAACUGUUUUUGGUUGUCUCAUGCGUUUGAAAGGAAUGGACACGAGUCGGAGUGAGGCUGGUCUGAAUUAUCUUUUUGCUGGCUUAGCUGCACUUCUGUCUGGCUGACGAAUCAGGACAAACUUGGAUUUUCCAUGGACAGAGAUGCUGGAUUUUUUCCAAGAGACAGCCAGACUGACCAGUUGCUUGUGUAGAAGCUUGUGCUUCUAAAAGACCCAGACCCUUUCCUCUGUCUUCAGAAUCAAAACACUAAAAAUGAAAGAGCAGCCACUCAACACCUUGAGUCAUGAGGAUUCCUGUUUCGGUGGAGUUUAAUUGUAGGGAACGCUUUUUCUUUUAUGUCCUGUGUUUCACUUUCCUAUGGAUGGCCAUACUUAAUGUGCGAGAAGUGCAGCCGACGUGAGUUGCACCUUACACCUUGUGUAUAUACCUUCAUUUUAAGAUUGUUUUAACAAGUUCAAAAGGCUGGCUGACAAACUGAAAAACUCUUUCCCCCGUUCUCUCUUGUUAGCACUGGAUACUUUCCUUAAUUGUCAGUUUGUUUGAUCUGCAAUAUUGGCCUGUGAAUUUAUUUAUAAUUUUAGAAAUUGCAGAAUUUAUUAAAAUCUAAAACAUUAAAAUGACUUUGUACAUGAAACGUUUUGGAGGCAGAGUUCAUCACUUAUAAUCUUUUAGCCCCUCCAAAUUUGAUGGCGAGUGCAAUUGUUCAAAGCUGCACUUAAACAUGCAGAGAUUGUUUAAAUUGUUGCCCGUAUUCUCCUGCGACCAGUGUUAACAAGUGUUCAGUCUGGACAGAUGGCUUUGUUAAGCUUGUGCAUUUGAUGAAUUCUUUGUUGUCACCAGCCUUAACUUGUGAAACUGACUCUUGAGACACUCUUAAGAUCUCCAGUUACAGUGAGUGUUGUUGGAAGAGAAAAUAAUAUUCUGUCAUGUAGUAGUACUACUCGCUGCAGUGCAGCUGAACUGGCAGAGAAUUUGUUUUCUGGGGGAGGUAUUAGCUGUUACGUUGAUCUAUGUGCUCUUUAAGCACAGCUACAUUAUUUCACAAAUGUUAGGAGGAAGCUGUGGAUUUUUUUUUCCCCCCUUUUUUUUGAAGAAUGUUGGCCGAAUGCAUCAAAAUGAACCAUAUAUUACCUAAAAUGUAGCAGGAAUUCAUCCUCUGUGCGUUGCAAGUUAGCUGGCUUUAUUGGCUAACAAAAGAUGCCUCACUAAAAACAACCUGAGCAGGUUGGGCUGCACUUAAAACACAGAGAUGGGUUCAUGCAAUAACACUGACUGCACUGCUUUUUGUACACAUGAUGCCCAGAUGAGAGAGAAGUGCAUGGUGGUGCAGAACAUUCAUAAAAAAAAAUUGGCAGGGAGGGGGAAUGGGCAUGAAGGAUUACAAAUUACUAUUGGUCGGACUGCUUGUUUAAAGAUAACUUGGGCACCUCUGACUGCCGAGUUUAUGGCUUAUUUCUCUGCCCUUUAUUGCUUUGAUAUUUUGGGUUUGGGUUACAGUUGCUUUUUUAAUUUUUAUGCAACAUGACAACCUUAUUUUGCAUUAAGGCCUUCUGACCACUCGUUCAGCUAAAACCUUUUUGCAAAUAAGGUUCCCUUUGUUAUGGUGAGAUGCUCUCUUGACUGUUGUAAUCAAUGAGAAUUGUUAUUGCACAUUUAAUUUAAGCUCUUUUUAAAAGGUUACAGUGUGACAAUAUUGAUAAGUUUAAGAUAACCAUUUUAUUUCUCAUUGGUUAGGACUGUGAUCCCUGUUCUCUCACUUCUUCUUGUUGUCGCCUAAAUAUUUGCAUGUCCAAUUUGGCUGUUUUGGCUCACUGUUUGGGAGGGAGGGCUGCAUUUGUUUAAAAUACCCAAAUUAAAUUAAGCAUUAGUUGAGUGAACAGGGAUCUAACCAUACAGGCACUUGGCAGCUGCCUGUUUCUUGUCAGCCCACUGGCAGUAAUCGCCACAUCCGAUGCUUUCAAGGCUAAAAUCAACAGUCCUUAAAGAUGACGUGUGUUACUCCCUUUGAGGGGACGCUGCGUUACUGCCAGUGGCUGCCAUUCUGAGAACCUUGAAGACUGAGACAAGAGCAUCUUGCCCCACAUUGGGUGAAUUAAUUGGAUAUUUUGUGUCACUAAAUUGUCUCACUCUUAAAGGUCUUUUUAAAUUUGUGGGGUGGUUAAAUUCGUGCUCUUGCUGCCCUGAUGCACAGGUUAAUCCUCUCCCGAUCGCUCUGACACAUUUAAGAUAAAAACAGCUUUUGUGUACAAUUUGGCCGUCCGAUCACUUUUCUGUCGGGGAGGAUUUGAGAGGAGUCCCUUAAGGAUUGCUUUCAAAACUGAUGCAUCAGUAAAAUAAUGUGGGGAGGAGCCUUUGGGCUUUACAGAAACAGAAUAAUAUGAUGUAAAGAUCCAAAGUUACGGUAAUGGGUAUAAAAAGGUUUGGAAAAAGUUGCCCUAAAAUUUGGAUUUUUUUUUUUUCUCAAAUGAAAUGUUCAUGUGGAGAACACGUUACUUAAAAAGUCUCCAAAUUUAAGUGAAGAAUUUAAAGCCUGAGUUCAUUUUUUUUUUAAUUUGAUGGAAAUUUGGUCGUUAUUGGAUUGGCAGAUUUUUCAGUGAAGCUAAUUUUACAAUGAACUUCAGUUUAAAGGAUGUCGAUAUUAUUGGAUACGAUUUGAAAGUUUUGUUGAAAAUAAAGCUCACUGAAAUUUA